AUGGGAAGUGGCCAAAUGGGGAAGGCAAAAGGUCAGCCUGCAGAAAUUGGUGAUUCUGUUAAGGAAAUGCAGUUCAAGAGGAAGUCUGAGACACCAGAAGAAACAUUGGAGGAAAUUUUUUCCAAGAAGAAAUCUGGGGUUUCUAGAGAUGAAUCAAGAAACAAACCGCGGAUUGCUCAGACGAAGAACAAGAAUAUUAUUCAAAACAGUAUUGAUGAACUAGUAGAGCCUAAUGGUAGGGAAAGUGGAAGGAGUUCUAGUAGUUACAGCUGUGAGGAUGAUUGUAAUGGUUCUCAAGAACUCAAUGGAGGGCGAAAUUCAGAAUCCAAAGGCUCAGCCACAGUGAAAUCAAAUGGAAAAGCAAGAGCUAGUAGGGGUUCUGCAACUGAUCCCCAAAGCCUUUAUGCAAGGAGAAGAAGAGAAAGGAUUAACGAGAGAUUGAGAAUCUUGCAGAAUCUUAUCCCAAAUGGAACAAAGGUUGACAUUAGUACAAUGCUCGAAGAGGCCGUCAAUUAUGUCAAGUUUUUACAGCUUCAAAUUAAGUUAUUGAGCUCUGAUGAUACGUGGAUGUAUGCUCCUAUUGCUUACAAUGGAAUGGACAUUGGCAUUUAUGAGAACAUUUCUCCAGCUCCAUGUUAUUGA